UCGCGUCGAUGCGCCCUCGCGUCGCGUCGCGAUCGACGCGUCGCGAUCGACGCGCGUCGAGCGCGCGCGCGUCGCCGACGGCGCCUAACGUGCGGACGAUCCUCGGGACGAUGACGUUCGGGUGGCGACACGCGAGCGAAGCGUGCGACGACGACGCGAGCGCGCGAAUGCUGGACGCGUUCGCGCGCGCCGGGCACGACGAGAUCGACACCGCGAUCGCGUACGCGAACGGGGAGACGGAGCGAAUCCUCGGACGCGUCGACGCGGGACGGCGCGCGCGCGUCGACACGAAGGCGAAUCCGUGGCCGGGCGGGACGAUGACGCCGAGCGCGGGACGAGGGGGGUUAGGGGCGAACGAACUGCGGGCGCAGGUGCGACGGAGCGUGGAAUCGCUGCGAGGGACGAAGAUUCGAACGCUGUAUUUACACGCGCCGGACGCGGACACGACGCUGGAGGAGGCGCUGCGAGAGUGCGAACGGCUGCGCGUCGAGGAGCGCGCGUUCGAAGACGUGGGACUGUCGAAUUUUUCGGCGUGGGAGACGGUCAAGGCGCACGAGCUGUGCGAAAAGUACGGGUGGAAGAGACCGACGAUUUAUCAGGGGAUGUACAACGCGCUGACGCGAAACGUCGAGGCGGAGUUGGUGCCGGCGCUGCGGGCGACGAAGAUGCGCUUCGCGGCGUACAAUCCCCUCUGCGGAGGGUUGUUGACGGGGAAAUACAAGGGCAACACCGACGUCGGCGCGGUGUCCGGCGGGCGAUUCGCCGGGAACGACAUGUAUCAGUCUCGAUUUUGGUUGCCGUGCUAUCACGAAGCCGUGGCCGAGGUGGUGGAGGCGUGCGAGAAGCGCGGCGUCGCGCCCGCGGACGCCUCGCUGCGAUGGCUCUACCGGCACUCCGCGUUGGACGGCGCCGAGGGCGACGCCGUCAUCGUCGGCGCGUCGAGCGCGGCGCAGCUCGAGGCGAAUUUAGCGAGCGCCGCGCGCGAAGAGCCGCUGCACCGGGACAUUCUCGACGCCUUCGACGCGGGUUGGGAAAAGUGUCGCGCGUCCGCCGCGCCGUACUUUCGCGGCCACUGUAAAAUCGCGCGUUGAAGUCAUCAUCAAGUCACUCAUCGCAGUCACCAUCGUCGCGCCGUACUUUCGCGGCCAC